UCCAUUCAGGAUCCAUUAUUGUACGAAGAGGAGGAAGAAGACACUAUUACAGAAACCCAAUAUGAAGGGGAGGCAAGUGCUCCUGAUGGAGAUGAAAUGUCAUCUGAAGACGAAGAUGUUCUGGACAAGGGAGUAAGAUCCAUCCCAGUAGAACUACCAAAAAACGCUGUGAAAACGCCAACCUUUGAUCAAACGAAGUGGCCUCUCUGGAGAACUAAUUGCUGGAAGAACUGGCAUACUGAUUACGCAAGCGGAAAGGUCUUCGCGCAAUGUAAGUAUUGCAACAACGGGAAAUAUCACCACGGACAUGCAGAUUCCUUUUCCAAUUUCAUCCGACAUUUAAGAAGAUGCCACGAAGAAGAUUAUAACAAAGUAAAAGGAGGAGGGAAACCAAACCUAACAAACCAGUCUUCCAUGAAGAAUUUCAUAGCAACACCAAAAAUACCAAAAGAUACUCAAAAGAAAAUUGACACUCUUUUAGACGAAAUGAUUGUUUCAGACAAUUUGCCUUUAACAAUAGUGCAACGAGAGGGAUUUCGGAAGCUGAUCUCAUUUCUCGCACCUACAUAUCAAAUUCCGAGCUAUGAAAAAAUGAGAUAUGGUAUCAUACCAUCAAUCUACUCAAGGAACUGAAUGGAAAGGUUAGUACCUUAUCUUUGUAUUUCUACGAUUCUGCAUAAUGAUUCAUUUAUAUUUCCAGGUUGUUCGCACUGUGACUGAUAAUGCGUCAAACAUGACUGCUGCAUUUCAAUUACAACUCUCAAAUUUCAUCAGAGAAGACAAGGAAGAUGAAUUCAUUGAACUAGAACUCGAAGCCGGAAUGGAUGAAGUACCAAAUUACGUUUUGAUUCCAGAAUACUUAGAGUGUACGUCAUCAGCUGACGGUUCGCAAAAUGAAGAUAUCGUCAUUGAAAAUCUAGUAUCUGCAUUAGAAAUUGACCUCGCAGAGCUGAUACCUGAAAACAGCUGGAAAAUCAACGAGACGGGUUUUGUCACAGCCACUUCGUCUCACGCAGGAUGUUUGCCUCAUCAGGCACAGUUAGUCAUUAAAGAUGGCCUUAAGGCACUCGAUAAAUUAGUUUCGGAGGCCCUGGAUUUGUUGUGUAAGAUAGUAGGAGGGGUUCGGCGAAGUGUCGUAGAUACUAAGGUUCUGGUAGAUUCCGUCGGAUUUAAAAUACCAAUGAUGAAUCUUACUAGAUGGAAUUCGCAAUUUUCAAUUGUGAAGUACUUCCUCAACGCCGUCGAUAUUGACCCAACCCUUCAGUCUAAAUUGAAUGCUUGCAAAGCUCACGAAUCACAUUCAUCUCUGCAACUGAAAUGUUUAAAAGAGUUCGUUACCCUACUAGAGCCCUUCAAAAUUGCAACAGACGUUUUCCAGAAGGAUACGGAAACAGUAGGAUUGGUAAUUCCAUUUUAUUUGGAUUUGGUAAACCAAUGUUCUUCGGACCCAAAAAUGAAUCACGAAGCAAAAUUCAUAAUUUCUUGCAAAAGCAUGGCAGAAGAAUUAAGCACAUCUCUCACUAAACGAUUGGGAUGGGUUACAAAAGACACCUUUUUUGUAUUGGGAUCACUGCUUGACCCAAGAAUAAAGGGAACGUGGAUAACAGCAGCCGGAGAAGACGAAGAAGACGUCAUUGCUACUGCUAAGGAAUUACUGAGAUUGCGCUAUCGUACAGUCGGUGGUAACGAAGAAGGGGGAGACAAUGAAGACAACUCUGGCAGUGGUGCUGAAGAUGAAAGAACACGUAAAGCAAAUGAAAAUCCAUCAGCUACACCUGUUCAUAAGCGAGCAAGACAAUCCAUCCGUCCUCUACUUGCCAGCGUGCUCGUUCGCCCACGAACUUUGUCAAGGGGUGUGUCGAAAGUGCUCGAUGAAUUUGAUAACUAUCUGAAAGAGCCCCCAAUUGUGAAUGAAAAGGGUCAAUUUGGUCUUGAUUUUAGUCCAUGUGAAUAUUGGAAUCUUAAUCAACAUAGAUUCCUAGCCUUAGCCCCAAUUGCAAGGGAUAUCAUGGGAAUUCCAUGUUCUUCCGCUAAUAUUGAGCGUGCAUUUAGCACGGCAGUUGACAUUUUGUCAGCAAAAAGAAACAAGAUAAAACCCAAAUUGUUUGACAUGCUUGUAUUCAUUAAACGAAAUGCUCAUCUUUUGGAAACUGUCAAUCGGCAAGAGAAAAAAGUAAAAUAA